AUGGCGAUCACAGGCCAGAAGCUGAGCCAACAACCCAUCCCCGGCGGCAGCGGCAGGGUGAGCAUCGUCUCCGAGCGCCGCACGAACAGCCACACUCUCUUCGCCGUCAAGGAGCUGUUCACAGACUACCCCACCUACGACAAGGAGUUCCACGAGCAGCAACUGCGCGCCGAGUUCAUCAUCGCCCGACGAGCCCGGCACCCACACAUUGUCAAGUCACUCGCCCUGUGCCGAAACGACGAGGGCGCCCUAUGCUGCACCAUGGAGUACUGCAGCCAGGGGGACCUCUUCGACAUCAAGGACAAGGGCCAUCUGACGCUGAAAGACAAGCUCUGUCUCUUUAAGCAGCUCCUCCACGGCGUCUCCCACCUGCACAGCUGUGGCAUCGCCCACCGCGACCUCAAGCUCGAGAACCUCCUCCUCGGCAACGACAGCCUGCUCAAGAUCGCGGACUUCGGCGCCGCGACCGUCUUCAGGGACCCCGACAUGCCGCGGCAUCAGGUCCGCUGGUACGCCGAUCGGGUCGGGACGGACGUCUAUAUGGCUCCGGAACUCUUUGUCGCGGAGGCCCGGCAGCGGAGUUAUGAUCCGCGGCCCGUCGAUGUGUGGUGCUGCGCUAUGGUGCUGAGGUGUCUGGCUGCUGGUCUUGGUGCUCAAGAUGAUGAAUCCGGAUCCGAGCUGCAGGAUCACGGUCGAUGA